GCCCCCCAAUCCCCUAAACCUCACCCGACCUCACCUUUGCACACCUCCCGGAUGGCGGAACCACAAGAACCGGCCGACCGCCCUUUACCGUUCCAGUUCCAAUCCCUCCCAGCCAGGUACAAGUACUCGGGCGCCUCUGUGCCUUUCUUCUCUUACAUGCCCACCUGACACUCUGUCGGACUCGCAAUCCCAGCAAUCGCCUCUUCUUCUUUUCGAUGGGCUCCCUUACGAUGGCUUCGUCGACAAUUGCUGUCGUCUUAUGUUAAUCUCCUCAUAAUUGCGCCUCUGUUUUUUGUUUUUCUUCUUCUUUCUUCGUUGUGUCCGUGCGUUACUCCUGUUGCUCUUCUUUGAAUACACACCCCCCUGUCUCGCCAAUCCCGCCCAUUUUCCCUUUAGUUUCUUCUGUUGGAGAGUCAUUCAAAGAGGGUUUCUCUCGGCUUCCCGAGCUCGGAGACCGCCGGAUUGUCGCGAUUUGUGCUGUUGUUGCUCCUACAGCAUGGCUCGCUUUGUCGAUCUGGACGAGGAGGACAGCCAGGCGCAGCCAAUGGCCGCCUGGCACGACGCCGGCAGGCCUCUCGCGUUGGGUGACAACGGGGCCGCCGUCAUGGUGGUUGGCGAUGGGAUUCCUCCCGCACGCCGCUUUCCCAGCAGGAAGAGCACCAUGACGGAGAAGCUGCAGCAAGAAAACGCUUCUGCGUCUGGCGAGGGAAAGGAGUUGAUGGCUCAUAGUGCCAUGGGAGAGGCAUUCCAGUGCUAUCCCAUCGUCUUUGGCAUUGUGUCCCACAUUGACCUCAACACUCUCGACGCAUUGGCCCGCUCGUGCCGUGUUAUUCACGAUGGCUUGAUCCAAUACCGAGCGAGUCUCAUGGGCGCGACGCUGCGCUGCUCCAAGGAGGCUGUGCCGGUCGACCCAGAGCAGACGCUUCGAUACCGCGCGAGAGCGAGUGACUGGAAUUAUGGCAUGGAGGACAGUCGCAGUUACAAUGGGAAAGCGGGCAGCUGCGCCCGUGACCUGGUGACUGAGUGCAGAAGAUGCGCCGACAUUAUUUGCAGGAAUUGUGCUAUUAAGCCUCCUCUUUCGACGGCUCUGCGCGAGCGACACCGUCGUCUGUGUGUCACUUGCGCCAAAGCUCCCAUUGCGGCGCUUGCAUCGCCAGCGCUGGAUAUAUCUUUGCCUCUCACCUCUGAGGCUGUACAACGUGCAGUCUGUCAGUGCGACACUGAGGGCGUCUGGCUGUGUCAGCCUUGCGGCCAUAGCAUCCGCAAUGCAGACCACGACUAUAAAGGUAUCUGGCGCUGGCGCACCAAGUACGGAGGCUUCACAGGCAUUGGAGACGGCGAUCGCGGCGUAAUCUGCGGCCGCGAAGAAGCCUGCCUCGCCGCUCGUGAAAAAGAGCAGGAAAUCGACUGCGAUGCCGAGGAUGCCCGGGGUAGCACCCUAGCUCCGUGGUCGACCGGGUCCUCCUCCGGCACCCCGAGCCCGGGCCCACAACACACCGGCACCCCCCCUGGCGGCGGUGCCGGGUUCCCGUUUCCCGCCAACGGCACCGUCGAAUCCAUCAUUGAGGAGAUGCGCCAUCAGCGGACGCCCUCGCCGCAGCUGGGGCCGGGCUACGAGAGACACGAAAUCGAGGGCAUUGGCGGCAUCGUCAAGCGCAAGCUCGUCCGCAUGGUGCGGGUGGGGGCUUGCGUGCCCGAAUGGGAAGACGAAAAGAACAGCAGCAAUAAGAUUCUGGCCCGCGAGGUGAAUGGCGCUGCACGAAGCUGGUGCGGCUGGUGUUGGCGAGUCAUUCCUGGAGAUAAAGACAAGAGGCAAUGUGCAAAAAGCUAAAUGCACGAGGGUACAAUAAAGUACAGCAAAGGAUCAAAGGUACUAGACGGUUGGAUAUGGUUCAUUCUUUUAUGGUGAUAAUGAUCGUCUUUUACUUUUUUUGCCUUAACAUCAAUUGUAUAAAGGCGUUUUAUCUGGGAUGAUUUAUAUAGCAAUUGCUUUUCGGUUGAGCACUUUGCCCAACACUAAUGGCGGCGUCACAAUAAAGAA